AAAUGAAAACAGAGUUCUAGGUGUUAGUCUGUCUGGGAACAUCUUUGCAUGUUCUAGUGUAGUUUACAAUACAACUGUUCUUUAGCUCCUGGAGGAAACGUUUUAUUUUACGCUAUAGAUAUAUUUUCCAAAAUGACUGUGUCUGUAAGCAGUUGUUUCAUCACUCUGGUCGUUUUGCUCCUUUGGCAGAUCGAAGACAUUGCAGCAGCCUGCAGAUGCACCCCUGUGCAUAUUCAACAGGCUUUUUGCAACGCAGACGUCGUGAUCAGGGCAAAGGUGGUUGGUGGGGGAGUUGUGUCUCAUGACACCAAGUAUGACAUCCAACAGAUCAAGAUGUUCAAAGGUCCUGACCGGGUUAUCCACGCCGUCUUCACUUCAUCCUCCUUGUGUGGUGUGACCCUGGAAAUCAACAAAGAGUAUCUCUUAACAGGCAGCAUAAAUACUGAUGGCAGGAUGCGUAUAGGCAUGUGUAACUUUAUUCGGUACUGGGACGACUUGAAUGACACACAGAAGAAGAGCUUGACUCAACGCUACCAAUCCGGCUGUGCUUGCAAGAUCAUCCCCUGCCAUUCCCUCCCGUGUCCCGUCAGUGCCCCAGAUGAGUGCCUUUGGACAGACUGGUUGUUGCACGAUGGCCAAAGCGGACCCCAGGCCAAGUACUCUGCCUGUAUCUGGAGUUUUGAUAGGUUCUGUUACUGGUACAGUGAGAUGGAUCCAUCCAAGAAGUAGUUCCUGGAUAUUGACUACUCCAUAACUCUACAGGCCUUCCACUCACUGCUCAGUGGCUAAAUAUGCCUGCAAUUUAAAACCUGGUUACUUGUGCAAUAAAAAUAUACUACUCCUCAAAUAUAGUGCUCCAAGUAUUAAUUUAUUGUGUCAUUCAUCAGUUUAAGCUGGAACCAAAGGUGUUAUUGAUACUCAAAAGUGUGAUGUCUGUUUCUGACUAGAACAUUUUUCCUGAAAUACCAUCCUAAAGCCUGAGUUGUGUUCAGCUGGACACAAUAUUGUAGAAUAAAUGUUUUUUACAUGGUCUUCCUUGACAAAGAAAUGCAGGUGUAGUUCCCUUCUGCACGUUGAAUGCAUUUUAAUGAAAUUGCUGAGAACACUCACACUUGCUGACAAAGAGUUUUCAGAACCUUGAUUCUUAAGUUGUCACUAAGUUUGUUAAAUUUUUCAAUAUUUUUCUCGGACUCACUACCCACUGGGCAAUAUAUUCAACACUUGUUGCAUCAAAGUGAAACUAAUUUUGGAUUUGAGUAGUUCAAUCCUUUUAUUUGAUAUCUAAACAUUGAACUGACAUCUGUGCUGAGUGGGUAGACUAUGGAUAACCAUUCAGAAUAUUUUUAAUGUAUUUAACUAGGUGCGCCAGUAAGAACAAAUACUUAAUUGCAAUGACGGCGUAACCUGGACAACGCUGGGCCAUCAAACCGGGGUCUGUAGUGACUCCUCUAGCACAGAUGUAGUGCCUUUAGACCGCUGUGCCACCCGGGAGCCCCCAAUGCAUGCAUAUUCACCUCCUUUUCAGCACCAAUUGGGAAUAUGCAGAUACUCAAUUGUAUAUUUAAAAUUUCUAAUAGGAAACUGGUUUAGACUAUUGGUGAAAUAAAAAUACUGUUCCGGAUUGACUGACCAUGUCUAAAAGUAAUGGACUAUCAUUUCUCUUAUUUGAGCUGUUCUUGCAAUAAUAUGGACUGUUUUACCAAAUAAAUGUUCUGUAUACCACCCCUA